AAGGAUUUACUAGUCAUUUUCAAAUUAAACUCUCAAAAUAAAAUAUAUAUACGAAAAUUUAUAUAUUGAGAUUGAAUAAUUGAUCUCUAUUUUUUUGGAGUCUCAAUUUAAAAGUUCAUGCUUCUGGACGUUUCCUUCAAUGGUGUGUAAAAGGAAACAAAAGCAAAAGGAAUUGAGAAGGCAUGCUUGUUCUCAAUUGACGACAAAAGGAGUGGUAAAAAUCUUUUGUUAAUUUCUUUCUCAACCGUGAAGUGCAACCAAAGUUUUUGUUUCUUCGAUUACGCAAAAAGCUUCUUUCUUCAUCUGUGGAACUUCUCUUACGUCAACCUUCUCCGUUUGUGAACCUAAAGAGCUUAAAGAUUUACCCGGAAAGAGUUCACCUGUGGGGGCAAGCUCCAAGGAAAGUAGCUAUGUCUACUGAACUCGAAAACUAUUUGCUAGAUAGCUCUCCGGGGGCCACCUUCUCAAUGGUCUUACGUGAGGAGAUUAUAGCACAUGAGCUUAUGGCUGAAUUUGAGGUGUAUUUAGAGAAAGAGAAGGAUAAUAUCAAGACCAGCGGUGCUCAAGCGGAAGCACCAGCGGAAAGCCAUGAACCAAAGACUAAAGAGAAACCGGAAAUUAGGGGGGACAUGGCGCAGAUCAAGGGCUAUUGGGAAAAUCUUCCAGUUCAGAUUGAGCGAAUGAAAAAAACGGCUUGUCUCAUAAUUUCAAACUUACAGCGCAUUGAGGAAUUAGUGACAGUGCUGCCUGCAUCAAAGAGGGCCAAUAUCCAACCACGUUUUUCUAGACUAUGUGCAGAGGCUAACUUUGUCAUUAGUAAUAUUACAGAUUGUAUGAAGAUCCAGUGUGAUGAAAAUCAAAGCCGUUCGAAUGUUUGCUUUCAUGAACUUGCUACAAUAUUGGAGCCGUCUUCUUAGCAAAAGUUGUUCUAAGUUUUUUGUUAUCAGUGACUAAUUGCCGAAUGUAGUAGCCUAUAUCCCACCUUGCGCAACUUGUACGUAGUGGUAAAAUGUUAUAACUUCUAGCACUUGUGAACUCAACUAUCAAGGAUUGGCUUUUUUGUUUCUAUCAUGUAGAAUUAAGAUGAUCAAGUGACUUGGGUUGUAAUGACGGUUGGAGAUGUAUGCUUUUUGAAACUGUUUAUAUAUAUAACAUCAAGUAACCAAGUUUAGUUGUAAUAA